AUGGAUGAAAUUUACGCCAAGGUGAAUUCCUUGACCUCUAUAGAGACUGAGCUCCCAUUCAGCUACUAUAGUCUUCCCUACUGCAAGCCUCUUGGGGGCAUCAAGAAAAGUGCUGAAAAUCUUGGAGAACUUCUAAUGGGAGAUCAAAUCGACAACUCACCUUAUCGUUUCCGUAUGAACGUCAACGAGUCUUUGUACCUCUGCACCACCCAUCCAUUGAAUGAGAAUGAGGUGAAGCUUCUAAAACAGAGAACACGGGACCUCUAUCAAGUGAACAUGAUUCUUGAUAAUUUGCCCGCUAUGAGAUUUACCAACCAAAAUGGUGUCAAAAUCCAGUGGACGGGUUACCCGGUGGGAUACACCCCUGCAGGCAGUAAUGAUGAUUACAUCAUCAACCAUCUCAAGUUUAGGGUGCUUAUCCACGAGUAUGAAGGAGCUGGUGUUGAGAUAAUCGGUACUGGAGAGGAGGGAAUGGGUAUCAUUUCCGAAGCUGAUAAGAAAAAGGCUUCAGGGUAUGAGAUCGUUGGCUUCGAGGUGAUUCCGUGCAGCGUGAAAUACGACCCCGAGAAGAUGAUGAAACUUCACAUCUAUGAUAGCGUGCCAUCUGUCAACUGCCCGCUCGAGCUCGAAAAGUCUCAGAUCAUAAGGGAGCAGGAGAGGGUGUCGUUCACGUAUGAGGUUGAGUUUGUUAAAAGCGACAUUCGCUGGCCGUCCAGGUGGGAUGCUUACCUGAAGAUGGAAGGGUCCCGCGUGCACUGGUUCUCGAUCCUCAACUCGUUGAUGGUGAUUUUCUUUCUGGCUGGCAUUGUUUUUGUCAUAUUUUUAAGAACUGUCAGAAGGGAUCUUACAAGGUACGAGGAAUUGGACAAGGAGGCUCAGGCCCAGAUGAACGAGGAGCUUUCUGGUUGGAAGCUUGUGGUUGGGGAUGUGUUCAGAGAACCUUCACACUCAACGCUACUUUGUGUCAUGGUUGGUGAUGGUGUUCAGAUUACUGGGAUGGCUGUUGUCACUAUUGUUUUUGCAGCUUUUGGCUUUAUGUCACCUGCUUCCCGAGGCAUGCUGUUGACUGGUAUGAUUUUGCUCUAUCUCUUCCUAGGAAUUGUUGCUGGUUACGUAGGUGUCCGCAUGUGGACGACUAUUAAGGGUUCAUCCGAGGGGUGGAGAUCGGUUGCUUGGUCGAUAGCGUGCUUUUUCCCGGGCAUCGUUUUUGCUAUAUUGACGUUUUUGAAUUUCGUCCUUUGGGGAAGUAAAAGUACCGGUUCCAUCCCGAUUUCUCUAUUUUUCAUUCUCUUUACUCUCUGGUUUUGUAUCUCGGUGCCUCUCACUCUUGUGGGAGGGCUUUUCGGUGCGCGUGCUGAGAUUAUUCCAUACCCUGUCCGGACCAAUCAGAUUCCCCGGGAGAUACCCGCCCGUAAGUACCCCUCAUGGCUUCUUGUUCUGGGUGCGGGGACACUUCCCUUCGGGACUCUCUUUAUCGAGCUUUUCUUCAUACUCUCGAGCAUCUGGCUCGGGAGAUUCUAUUACGUCUUUGGUUUCUUGCUGAUUGUUCUUCUACUGCUGGUGGUCGUCUGUGCCGAGGUGUCUGUUGUCUUGACUUACAUGCACUUGUGUGUCGAGGACUGGAUGUGGUGGUGGAAGGCCUUCUAUGCGUCGGGCUCGGUUUCGCUUUAUGUUUUCCUUUACUCGAUUAAUUAUCUGGUGUUUGAUCUGCAGAGCCUGAGUGGGGCCGUGUCGGCCACGCUUUACUUGGGAUACUCAUUGAUAAUGGCGGUCGCGAUUAUGCUCGCGACCGGAACCAUUGGGUUUCUCACGUCGUUCUACUUUGUGCAUUACCUUUUUUCGUCCGUGAAGAUCGAUUGA